CUCUCUCUCUCUCUCUCUCUCUCUCUCUCUCUCUCUCUCUCUCUCUCUGUCUGUCUCGCUCGCUGACGGAUUACGUUGCAGGAAGGGGAGGGAGGUAAACAUGGCGCCUGGACAGCAGUGGGUGUUGGUGGAAAUGGUACAGGCGUUGUACGAGGCUCCAUCUUAUCACCUCAUUUUGGAGGGCAUCCUCAUUUUAUGGAUAAUCAGGCUUCUCUUCUCUAAAACGUACAGACUCCAUGAGACGAAUAAACUGACUGAAAAGGAAAAGGAAGAUCUCAUUGAGGAGUGGCAGCCUGAACCUCUUGCUCCUACCAUUUCCAAAGAUUCACCCUGCAUUACCUACGAUGUUGUCACAGGACCUCCCAGCCACAAAAUCAUCAUCAAUGGGAAAGAGUGCAUUAACUUUGCAUCAUUUAACUUCCUGGGUCUCCUUGACAAUGAACGAGUCAAGCAAAAGGCACUGUCAUCCUUGAAGAAAUAUGGAGUCGGAACAUGUGGUCCUAGAGGUUUCUAUGGAACAUUUGAUGUUCACCUGGAGCUAGAGAGUCGGCUGGCCAAAUUCAUGAAAACAGAGGAAGCUAUCAUCUACUCAUAUGGCUUUGCUACCGUCGCUAGUGCGAUUCCCGCUUACGCCAAGAGGGGAGACAUCAUCUUUGUGGAUGAGGCAGCCUGCUUCUCCAUCCAAAAAGGCCUCCAAGCUUCCCGCAGCUUCAUAAAAUACUUCAAGCACAAUGACAUGCAUGACUUGGAGAGGCUUCUCCAGGAGCAAGAGUUGGAAGACCAGCAGAACCCUCGUAAGGCUCGAGUAACUCGCAAGUUCAUUGUUGUGGAGGGACUGUACAUCAACACCGCUGACAUCUGUCCUCUUCCUGAACUGGUGAAACUAAAAUACAAGUAUAAGGUGCGGAUUUUCCUGGAGGAGAGCAUGUCUUUCGGUGUGUUGGGAGAGCAUGGCCGAGGCGUCACGGAGCACUUUGGAGUCAAAAUAGAAGACAUUGACUUGAUCAGUGCUAACAUGGAGAAUUCUGUGGCCUCCAUUGGAGGCUUUUGCUGUGGACGCUCUUUUGUUAUAGACCACCAGCGCCUGUCAGGCCAAGGCUACUGUUUCUCUGCGUCCCUGCCUCCCAUGCUAGCUGCUGCAGCCAUAGAGGCCCUCAGCAUCAUGCAAGAGAAUCCAGACAUAUUCACCAUUCUGAGGAAGAAAUGCGCAUAUGUUUACAAAGAAUUAAAAGGAAUUCCAGGGUUAAAGUUGGUCGGAAUGCAGUUUGCCCCCGCUCUUCACCUGCAGCUGGAGAAAAGUUCGGGCUCCCGAGAGUCUGACAUGCAGAUGCUGCGCUCAAUUGUAGAUUAUUGUAUGGAGAGGCAAGUGGCACUGACCCUUGCCCGAUACCUCGAAAAAGAGGAGCGAUAUCCCCCUCCGCCCAGCAUCAGAGUGGUGGUGACCAUCGAACAGACGGAGGAGGACAUCCUGAAGGCCAAGGCGUGUAUCCAGGAAGCCGCUUUAACAUUACUUAAAUAAAUGUGUAUUUUUAUUUUUUUACCUACUGAUGUCACUGGACCUCUUAUUAUCCAUUCUUUGGACUGAAUAGUGUGGAUGACAUGGAGUUACUCACCCACACUGAGUGCACACUUAAAUCCUAUCUCUUUUUAAUUUUUCUCCUCCCCUCUCAGAGUUUUGCAUCUCCUUUCCAUGAAUGUCGACUGAGAGCUGAGACCAAUAAAGGAAAAUCACUCGUGAA